GGGCAGCGCGGGGCCGGCGGCCGGGGAUUGUGUGACAGCGACACAGAUUCCAGGCCUGCAAGAGACAAGCCUCCCUGCUGCAAGAUCAUCAUUUCCAGGGGAGGAACACACCAAAUAACUCCAAGGCAUUUCACUGCUAGAAGGUGUUUUGGGAAAGAAAAACUUGGCAAGUGGCUUUAACAUUUGGUAGCUUUUGAAGAUGGCAGCAGGUAUCCCAUUAGAUAUUAAUAUCAAGGAGCCCCGAUGGGAUCAAAGCACAUUUAUUGGACGAGCCAAUCACUUCUUCACUGUAACAGACCCCAGGAAUAUUUUGUUAUCUGAUGCCAAACUGGAAAAUGCAAGAAAAAUUGUGCAUGAUUACAGACAAGGUAUCGUGGCACCUGGCUUGACAGAAGAUGAGUUGUGGAGAGCAAAAUACAUCUAUGAUUCAGCUUUCCACCCAGACACUGGGGAGAAGAUGUUCGUGAUCGGCCGAAUGUCCGCCCAGGUCCCCAUGAACAUGACCAUCACAGGCUGUAUGAUGACCUUUUACAGAACAACACCAGCAGUGCUUUUCUGGCAGUGGGUCAACCAGUCCUUCAAUGCUAUAGUAAAUUACACGAACAGGAGCGGGGAUGCCCCAAUCACUGUCAGGCAGCUGGGAACAGCCUAUGUUUCUGCCACCACAGGUGCUGUUGCAACAGCCUUAGGACUUAAUUUACUAGCAAAGCGCGUCUCACCUCUUAUAGGGAGGUUUGUUCCUUUUGCUGCUGUUGCUUCUGCCAACUGCAUCAAUAUUCCACUAAUGAGACAAAGGGAACUCCAGUUUGGAAUUCCUGUCACAGAUGAGGAUGGAAAAAGACUGGGUGAUUCAUCCAAAGCAGCUCAGCAGGCAAUCACCCAGGUGGUGAUAUCCAGGAUUCUGAUGGCUUCUCCUGGCAUGGCAAUUCCUCCCUUCAUAAUGAAUACCCUGGAAAAGAAAGCCUUUUUAAAGAGAUUUCCUUGGCUGAGCGCUCCCAUUCAGGUUGGAUUAGUUGGAAUGUGUCUCGUGUUUGCAACUCCCCUGUGUUGUGCACUGUUUCCUCAGAAAAGUUCGAUGUCGGUGUCACACUUGGAGCCCGAUUUGCAAGCCAGGAUCAAAGAAAACAGCCCUGGCCUAGAACGUGUGUACUUCAAUAAAGGAUUAUAACUCAAGGAAGGCAAAGUAUCUUUCAAGGAAACACUUGUGAACUUAUUUUUUGAAUUGUGUGCCAACACAGACAAGAACACACCUUUAUCUUGUCCUUUUGUUAAACAAGUUUGAUCAUCUGCAUUAUUUUACAGUUAAA